AUGGAUACAAAUGGAUGUAUAACGGAUAAAAAUGGAUGUAUAACGGAUAAAAAUGGAUGUAUAACGGAUAAAAAUGGCUGUAUAACGGAUAAAAAUGGAUGUAUAACGGAUAAAAAUGGAUGUAUAACGGAUAAAAAUGGAUGUAUAACGGAUAAUAAUGGAUGUAUAACGGAUAAAAAUGGAUGUAAAACGGAUAAAAAUGGCUGUAUAACGGAUAAAAAUGGAUGUAUAACGGAUAAAAAUGGAUGUAUAACGGAUAAAAAUGGAUGUAUAACUGAUAAUAAUGGCUGUAUGACGGAUAAAAAUGGCUGUAUAACGGAUAAUAAUGGUUGUAUAACGGAUAAUAAUGGAUGUAUAACGGAUAACAAUGGAU